AUGUCUACAACUUGCGACGUUGACCCAGAAGUAUUGCAGAAACUUAAAAAAUUUAGGUUUGGGAAAAGUUCUCAAGGGAAUGCUGCAUUCGUUUGUAAAUAUAUAUGGUUAAAGCUUUAUUUUCUUGAAAUUCAAUGGGUUGAUUAUAUGAAGAUCGAUAGAGAACAUUUGUUAGUUGUUGAAGAUAAAAUAUAUGAUAGUAUAUCGUUAGAUGAUCUUGUUGAAGAUCUUCCCGAAAACAUCCCACGAUACAUAGUGCUAAGUUAUGAGUUGUCCCAUAGCGAUGGCCGCAAAUCUUAUCCGUUAGUUUUGAUCUAUUAUUCUCCGCCUUCCACGAAACCAGAGACGCACAUGUUGUAUGCAAGCGCGAAAACACAUUUUCAACAGAAAGCUGAUUUAAACAAGGUAUUUGACAUUAGAGAAGCCGAAACAUUGACCGAUGAGUGGUUGAAAGAAAAAUUAUUACAUCACUAG